CGCAUCUGCUGCCUCCCCUGAGUUCCCAGCGCCCUCAGAGCCACAGACUCGAGCGCGCCCCCAUCCUGCUCCCCAACCAAGAAGCGAGACGACGGUGACCAGUCCCCAGAGGCCAGAGCGCACUCCCAUCCCAUGGAUCUGCAGACCUUCGUGCUGAGGGUGACCAUCCACUGCCAUGGCUGCAAGAAGAAGGUCCGGAAGGUGCUCAAGAGCGUCGAAGGCGUGCAGGACGUGAAGGUGGAUGCCCAGCUGCACAAGGUGAUGGUGACCGGCACCGUGGACGCCGAGACGCUCAUCAAGAGGCUCAACAAGUCUGGCAAGCAGGCCCUGCCAUGGCAACACACGCCUGCCAAGAAUCCCGACCCUGCGCCAGCCGACGCCCCCGCGCCGGCCGAGGACGGCAGCAAGGAUGCUGCUGUGGCCGACAAGAAGCCGGCGGAGGAGCCGCAGGCCGACAGCUCAGACAAGAAGCCGGAGCAGGAGACGGCCUCGGAGAAGAAGCCGGAGCAGGAGACGGCCUCGGAGAAGAAGCCUGAGACGGAGAAGGAAGCAGAGUCUGAGAAGAAGGCUGACAAGGAGGAGGCGAAACCAAGCGACGAGGCAAAGAAAGACGGCGGCGAGGGCGCGGCGGCCGAGCCCAAACCCAAAGCAAAGGGCACCGAGCCCGCCGCCGCUGCAAAGGAGGCCGGCGAUGACGAGGGCGAGGCGAAGAAGAAACAGAGCAAGCCCAAGGACGCGGAUAGGUCCCUGGCCCCAGCGCCGGCGCCGGCCCAUGCGCCGAGGUACGCGCACCAGGAAUUCAACGCGCCGCAGCCGGUGAUGAGCUACAACAUGGCGCAGCCGAGAGCGAGCGUGUCCCACUACGCGCCGCAGCCGGAGCAGGGCUACUCGCAGCAGCAGCAGGCCGGGUACUCCUCCUCCUCCUCCAUGAUGGUGACGCAGCACCCACCGCCACCGGCGCAGCAGGCCUACUCCCAGCAGGCGCAGCCAAUGCAGCAAUGGUCGCCGUCCUACCUCUACAUGCCGUACCCGCACGCGUCGCCGGAGUCCUACUACCAGGACUACUACAGCCCGCCCGGGACGCACGCGUCGCCGCCGCCCCCGCCGCCGCUCCAGGACUCGUACCGCCUAUUCGACGACGAGAACCCCAACUCGUGCAGCGUCAUGUGAUCUGAUCACGGCUCCGGCCACCGGCGGAAAAGUAGAGGCGGCCGUCCUCAUAAUCGUAAUAGAGACGGACCUCUCUGGUUGUAGGUAGAGUAGCUUGUUACUCUCUUCGAUUGGGAGGUCAAAGCUCUCCUUGACCAAUCCUUUUUCUUCUCACUUCUUCCUCUUUAAUUUCUUCUUUUGUUAUUGCUACUAUUACUGUUCUAAAUAGAGCAUGUAAUUGUAAUUUACAUGUAGAAUAGUAGCAUCAAUGAGAUCUUCCACCCUACUAGCACUUACUAGCA